AUGAGGCAUCUUGGCUUUUCCAGGCCAGCCGACCCUCUAGCCGAUGGCAGCAGGAUGAGCAAGCCCACUGGAAACCGGCAGAGGAAACUGCGCAGCAUAGUGCAGAAACAGGAGAAAUGGUUCUCUCUAAGGCAGCAAUCACUAACUAUGACCUCUUGGGUUUCGAGGCUGCUUCCUAGGAAUGCCCGUUCCUUGGCUACAUCAUCAAAGAAUCAGAAAGCUGAGGAUUGUCAUCGGCAGCAUGAGGCCUAUGGGUACUUCUUGCCCAUCCAGACGAGGUGGCAGGACAAUGACCAGUACGGCCAUGUGAACAAUGCCGUGUACUACAGCUACUUUGACACUAUCAUCAACCACUACCUCAUCAGGUACUGUGGCCUGAAAACCAGCUUGCGGAUGUCCACCAUAGUGGGGUUCAUGGUGAGCAAUCAGUGCACGUACCAUAUGCCCAUUGGCUUCCCUCAGAUCCCAGUGGCUGCCUUGGCUGUGGAGAAAGUGGGUCACUCCAGUGUGCAUUACCGACUUGCUCUGUUUCCACCUAACCCCACCAAGGAGCCGCCUUCAGUAGGUUACUGUGACAUCAGUGAUGGCUUCUUCUUUGGCCAUCCCAACUUGGCACAGUUUGACACUUUGGCCUGUACCACUGGGUCUUCAGUCCAUGUCUUUGUGAAUCCAGCCACCAAUAAGCCAACAGGACUUCCAGAAGACUUCCGGAGGGGCCUCCUGAAGCUGAUGAGCUUGGCUUCAGUGUGAAUUGUACAUAUUGUACAUGGAAUUAUGCAUGCCAUAAAGUUUAGAUUAUUCUCCAAA